AUGUUCGAUAUGCGUGUCAAAAAGUCCUUAAAGUAUGGAGAAGAAGCGGAUAUUGCAUACGAGAAAGAGGAAAACAGAAGUCCAGAUAUUGUUUAUAUCAAGAAUGCUUUUAUGGAAAUCAAUCGAAUUUAUAAACGACCGAAAGAAGGUGGAAUGAUCAGCACACACGAUCUAUUUGUACUACGUGGCGUUCGAGAAUUUUUACGAAGUGCCUUCACAGAGUGCACAAGCUCAACGCGAGCCAACUACCAUUUAGCCAUCACACUUCCCACACAUUGGGAUCUUAAAAUACGAGAAAAGGUGAUCCGAGAGCUUUUUAUCACGUCCAAACUUGUCCGUUUGACGGAUCAUCACGACAAGUUAUUAUUCUACAGUCAGCUCGAAUCGGAUUUUUGUUAUCUUCAAUCGGAAGCUAAUAACAAACAUUAUGGUAUAAACGAAAAGUUUGUAAACGGGAAACGGUACAUGUUAUGCACUUUAGCUUUGAUGGAUAAUCGCCAAUGUAUCCAUCUUGAUCUGUUUACAGCUCAUUAUCCUCCCGCCACAUCAACCAAUGAUUAUUUUGUCCCGCGACUAAUUAAGGCGAUUCGCUUUCAGAUUAAUUGCAAGUUAAAAAUAGAUAUUGAUGACAUUGCAACGUGCUUAAAAAGACACAAUAUUCAUACAAAGUUAGAUAUUUUGAAACAAUUGAUGUCUGAUUAUGAAAACCGAGUACAUCCAUUAUUCCAAAACCCAAAAAAACACCCUUGGAAUGAAAUAUUUGAUGUUCAGCCUUUCGAGCAAUCAUUUUUAGGAACAAGAGCAUAUAAGAACGAUUUAAUACCACCAGAAGUCAGAUUAUUGACCGUAAAAGAUAUAUACAAGGACAAGCUAGUUAUAAUGGAGAAAGCCUUUGAUGAACAAAUGCAAUGUUUAUGUAGGUACAAUUCAGACGGAAAACCAGUCUCCAUUUUGAACAAUUUGCGUGAGACACAAUGUUUUGAAGAUAUAUUGCUACUUGGUUUUCUAAAAGAUUGGCUAAUAAGGUAUGGUAAGGCACACAAUUAUGGUCUCAUGUCAUUUGGAGUAUCUCGAUCGCUUUGCGCCAAAUACUCCUUUGAAAGAACAAUGCAUGGCAGCGUAAUUGAGAUAAAGCAGCAGUUGAAAAAAAGCGGUAUCAUCAGAGAACCAAUCGUAAUCCCCGGACACCAACAGGUAGAUUGUUUUAGUGAUAACUCCAAAUUAAGCACUAUCGUCAAUAUAGAUGUUUUACCCAAAUCUAUCAAAUUUGCAUAUGCGUCUGUGGAAAGGAACAGCCAUGUUCGUACAUCUUUUAAAUAUAAUGAAUGUAUAAUACAGCCUUUAAAUUACUAUUUCCGGAAACUUGACAAAUACCGCAGACCAGAGCUAUGUAUUACUUAUAGUAUGAAAGAAUCCAUUGACAAUCUAUUUAGUUCCUUUAAGGGUCAUUUUGCAGAUAUCAGAUUUAUGCCAAACUUGAUGAAGGAGCUUGCUGACAAUGGAUCUGGUGUGUAUCAUUUGCUUCAUAGAAGAUUUGAUUUGGCAGAGUUUUUUGCUACGCCAACGGCAGUGUUACCAAACAAAGACUUUCCAUUUUGUAUUGCUAAGGAUGAAAUUACACUUCCUCAACCAGGAUACAGGUUAAUCUUUUUGGUCAUGUAUCUCUCUCAUAUUCAUAAAACAACUCUGAUUUCUAUGAAUGAGAACUUGGAUAAUUACUGGACACACAAAAAUAUUGGUUAUGUUAUCUCUGUAGAGAAGACGAUAUUGGACAAUAUAUUUGGCUCUAAAGAACUUGGUGGGAGUAUACCCUCCAUCAUCCAGCAACACAUUGUAGACUUGGAUCAAAAGAUGAAGACCUAUUUUAUCGUUGCUCAACUACAUGAUACACAUAUUCAGCUCACCUUACAUCAGAUUGUAAGACUGUUGCCAACAGAGGAGAAUGUAAAUACCAUUAUUGUUCAAGAAGAUAUAAUUGAAAUUGAAAACGUGAAUACAGCCUUAUGCAAGAGUAUGUGGAAUCAUAUGAUAUCAAAAUGCGAGAUCAACUACUGUCAUAUUCACAUUAAACACAGAGGAAAGGAGUUGCAUGAUGGCCUAAGCUCUUUUAAAAAUUAUACUGAUACAUUCCAGAAAUUAAAUGUACAAUUAUCACAAAUUCUUACCUCAAAUUCAACUCAAGAUCUAUACGAAGAGCACACAAUCGGGUUGAGUAAAGAAUGCGACUGUAGUACUCAGCUAUGUCUAGUGGAUAUCAUUGAAUUUGGCUUCAAGCCAGUCAUGGACAUUAUUGUAAACAUUGUUGCGGACUCAUUGUCAAAUACAGAAAGAAAGUUUGGAAAUUACGAUGUGAAAUCUGUAUUUAUGCUGGGUAAUAUUUUUGAAUUACCGUUUAAGUCUAACAUUUAUAAAGCCUACACUUUAAUGUUGGAAAGAGAGAUAAAUAUCAGCAUUAGGCAGAAAGAAAAAGAUACGCACGUGUUUGUUUUGGAAAAAUCUUCUUCGGAGAUGAUACAACCUCUAAAGAACAAAAAGCCUUACAUGCUGGACAGCUUCUUUCAGGGAAGUUUGCAACAAGUUUCGAGGUACACGUAUGGAAUACGUGUCAAGAAUAUGAUUAUCCGCGGACCUGUGAAACCGUUCCUAUCGUGUAAAAUUGGAUACGGACAAAAGCAUGUUGUUGAUAGCAACAACAUUCUGCCUAUUCUUGAAGAGGGACAAGUCAUUCCGAUUUCAGGGCUUGUCCGAAAAUUGGAGUUGGAGUUUUCAUCACGGAAUGGAACCAAAAAUCGCUGCGACAUAAGCCUGGAGCUUUUCAGGAUAAGCAAAGGGUCGUUUUUAGAUAACCAUGUAAAGGAUUAUAUCUCGAAUUUUAACAUCUUUUGUGAAGACCAGAUACAAGAUUUUCCGAUAAGUCUGGAGAUAAAGCAGUGCAACCAUGACCUUUCGAUUCAGUUCUCUACAAAAAUGAAUGGUCACGAACAUGUAUAUGACAAUAACAGGACCUGUAUUAUUUUAGAUGAGCAGCUGACAUUGGCCUUUACUUGA